AUGGGCUUGAAUUCAUCCAAGACCCAUAGGAAGGUCACCAAAGUGACACCAAUGCCAUGCAAAGAAAGAGAACCACAACAGCCUGGUAGUGUGACAGUUUAUUCGUUCCAGUCCCCGCCAAGCUCAUUUGUUUCCUCAUCAGGGAGAAAUCCAGUUCUGGAAAGACAACUUCCACCUUUGCGGGAGACAUGCUAUGGAAGAUAUCCCACAGUGCCCAGGCCAAAUCUGUUAGACCACACGCAAGGAGGAGGAGGAGGAGGAGGAGGAGGAGAAAGAAGCAUCAUCAAGCAACAUCCACCUCGAAGGCUUCAGAAAUUGGAGCCAUUUAUUCUUGCAGACAACAUUCCUGCAUCCAAAUACCUGAACUUGCAGGGUGGGACACUGACACAGCAGGAAAAGGAACUAGGGAGAGGAGAGCAAGUUGCCAAGCACCCUGUUGGAAGAAGGCAGUAUUUACUCCAGAUGAAAAUGCUUGAAAUAAGAAAAGAGGCAGAACUGAAAAAGCGUCUGCAACAGGAGGCUAGGUUUAAUAAGCCAAAAACGAGGGAUCUUCAUUUGCUGGGCACUCUUGAGUAUAUGCAGGGAACUCGAAGUUCUGAUGAGGAAGAGCAACACUCUACUGAGCAUGAGCAAACAUUUAAUGGAAGCCAUGGUAAGUAUCAUCAAGGCAAUCGAUUUUCAUGCCAAUGUGAUCAGGGAUGUGGAGAUUUGUGGCACAGAGAAUUUCUUAAAGAGUCUGGGUCACCUAAAUCCCAUCUAAACCAGAGGGACAAAGUGGAAACAUGGCUGUUGAAGCAACAAGCAACAAUGGAGUCAUCUUCAGAUGCUUCAAGCAUUGACACCAAUAACUGGAGUGACUGCAAUGACAACUUUAGGAAACCUUAUCGGAGGCCUGCCUUAGUGAGAACUAAGACAGAAAGGAUGACCCUUUUUGAUGAUUUUUUUGAUAAAGAACUCUAA